AUGGAUGAUGUCAUGCUCUGCGCGGCGCGGCUCGGGUUCCUCGAAGGCGUACACCGGUUGGCCUUGCCCGACACGCACGCCUUUACGCGGCAGAGCGUCGAGCGGCGCGUUUCCGCCAUCGAGCGCCACGACGGCCGCAUCACCUUACCGCCGCCGAACGAGCCGUCUACUUGGAACGGCCUCGCGUGGCGGUUGUGGCGCGCGGACAUCAGAGCCGACUUAGUGACGAACCCCUCCUUCGACGCUUACCUGGACGGGUUGGCAGGCAUGCUGAAGGAAGACUGCACCACUGAAGUUCUGCGACACGUGGUGGACAGUCUCGGUCACGACUUGCCGGAGAUCAAGUGCCCGCGUGUGCAGGCUGCGGCGGCGGCGGCGGCGACGGAGGCGGCGGCGGCGACGGAGGCGGCGGCGGCGACGGCGGGAGAGGGGUGCGAGGAUUGCCUGGUGGCCGUGGUGCAGAAGCUCGCGUACGUGGGUGGCCGGCUCAGGCAGCGGCCUCCCUUGAAGCCAUUUUCCAAAAGAACCAUUCAGGCAUUUGCGGCGGUGGUUGGUGAGAACUUUGGAUUGUUCGGCGCGGCUCCGAGACAUCAGCCGGACGCCCCAAUCCGGCCGGCGUCGCCGAAUGCCGAGAGAGCUGGGCCUGGGUACGGGCCCACGGGAUGGACCAGCUCGGGAGAGGGGAUCUCGAGCCUGUACAACCCCCCAUCAACCGCGUCCAAUGAAAGAAGACGUCGAAGAACUUCGUUUCAUCAGGGCGACUCUCGACCACGAGCGGCAUUCGAUCAAGACAUGGAUCAUGGAAGGGCUUUCAAUCAAAACGAUCCCCGAGGGACCGCACUCAAUCAGAACGGGAAUCGUCAAGACGCUUUGAAUCAGCACAAUCCUCGAGCUGGAGCAUUCAACUUCAACUUCCCUCCCACCACCACCGUCGAUCACGAUUCCCGCCCAGGGCUGGCAGUCGACACCGACAUCCCUCGAGACACGGGCUUAGGCAGCAAUGUCCAUGGGAGGGUGGCGUUUGAUCCCGACAGCCCUCACCGUCCGGGCUUUGCGCCUCCGGCGAGCAGAGCCCCGACACCGUCGCGCCCAGCGUCUGCCGGACCAGACAAUGGCGGCCCGUCUGUGCCUGCAGCGGCGGCUCAGCCGCCUCGGAGCCGUACCUGGAGAAGAGGAAUGGAUUUUUUGCGCUCGAAAAAGCGCGGGCGGAGGCAAAGGAAUGAAUGA